AUGUCUGCCAGAACCCCAAAGCCAGUCUAUUUCUCCAACGGGGAGGCUCUUCAGAGCCCCCCAUUCAUCGUGCGACUCACCCGCUUCAUCGAGAGCAUUUACUUCUUCUUCGGCCUGUACUUCACUACCCUCUUAUCACUCGACUCGUACGCUGCCGCCGAGAACUCCUCUUUCAACAUCAACAACCAGAGCAACAGAUAUACUACUCGCUCUCGCUGGGGAGGCAGCAAAACCUCGUUCGGUGGAGGUGGUGGAGGAGGAGGAGGAGGAGGAGGAGGAGGAGGAGGUGGUGGUGGUGGCGGUGGUCCGGGAUUUGGUCCGCGGCGCGUGGGCCGUGUGGAUGAUGUCCGUGGGCCGGAGUGCAAGAGCUGUCAAUAA